AUGCAGAUUCUUCCACCGACCCUUCGUGAAUGUCACACCAUCAUCAAUCAUUUCCUUGCCAAUGUUUCUCGAUGGCGGGAUGGACGCGACGCCAUAUGCUCUGCGGAGACAUGUUUGACAUACGCCCAGCUCGACGAUUACUCCAUCAAGUUCGCGAGAUAUUUGAUUCAAAUUGGCUUCCAAAAGGGAGACAUCAUCCUUUGCCGUCAUGGCAAAUCACCAUGGGCCAUCGUCUCCUUUCUCGGCAUCCUUCGCGCCGGCCUUGCCUUUACACCCGUUGAUCCAUCAUACCCUGCCGCUAGAGUGCAACAAAUAGCCAACCAGACAAACUCUCGCUUGAUCCUCGAACUAUUUUCCUACCAAGAAGUCUCGACUUCUCUCGAAUCGCUACAGCUAGAUGCGGGGUUCUUCAGAUCCCUGGUGGACAAUGCGAGUAUCGCAGUGCCAGACGUUCAAGGAACCGACUUGGCUUAUGUGUUCUUUACGAGCGGAUCUACCGGAGAGCCGAAGGGAGUCAUGGUCGACCACAAGGCUAUCUGCUCCAGCUUGCUGGCUCAUGGUCAGCGACUUGGAAUGCACCAAGGGACUCGAGCACUGCAGGCAACCUCGUACACCUUCGACCCAUGUCUGACGGAGAUAUUUGCCACUCUCAUAUAUGGAGGAUGCGUAUGUGUGCCUACAGGCUGGGCUGAGCUUGCGGAAUCAAUAAAUAGACUUCGGGUCAACUGGGCAUUCUUCACGCCCUCCGUCAUCUCGCUUCUUGCGCCGGAAGACGUGCCGUCUCUUACAACGGUGGCUGUCGGCGGGGAAGCAUUAACGCAAGAUUGCGUGGAUACAUGGUCUUCUCGCGUCAAGCUCUUCAACAGUUAUGGACCAACUGAGGCUUGCGUAUUUAGCUGCAUUUCUUCCGUGAGCCCGGAUUCAUCACCGUCAAACAUUGGCUACGCUUCCGGAUGCCAUGUUUGGGUUGUAGACGCCGAGAAUCACAACAGAAUAUGUGCAGUUGGAGAAGUUGGAGAACUAGUUAUUCAAGGCGACAUUCUCGCUCGUGGAUAUCUUGGAAAUGCUCAGAAAACGGCAGAAGUGUUUGUACGGUGCGAGGGCGCCUCGAAUACCGAGAAUCUACCCGGAAGGAUCUACAAGACAGGCGACCUUGCCAAGCUCGAGCCAGACGGGUCGAUAUCAUGUCUCGGCCGGAAGGACAGACAGGUCAAGAUACAAGGGCAGCGAGUGGAACUAAGAGACAUUGAGAGCCACAUAUUGCAGCACAGUCGCGACAAAAUCCAGACGGUGGUCGUUGAGAAGGAAAACAAAAACAACUCCGACUAUCUUGUUGCGUUCCUGAUCUUGGGUUCAUACCGAUGGGCUGCCAGAGCCAAAGCAAGCUGGGAUACGUGGCUGGGCGACCUGAAAUCGCAUCUGUCGCGCAGUCUUCCGUCUUACAUGGUACCGGAUCACUUUGUUCCCAUGGAAACAUUACCCAAGACGUCUUCCGGGAAAGCAGACCGGGCUGUGUUGCUCGAAAUCUUCAGUCGAGCUGUUUCCAAGAAUGGACAGCGUCACGCGAGAGAUACAAAAGACGAGCAAUCGUGCGAGGGUUCAGGUCCUGCCCUAGUAUCCAUCAAGAUGGAAGUGGCACGCGUGCUGUCUUUGGACUUUUGUCAUCUGGAUUCCAGCAGUAACUUUUUCCAACUUGGCGGAAACUCACUUCUCGCCAUUAAACUUGUGGCACGCCUGCGGAGGUCCGGUAUCCAACUACCGUUGAAAGCCGUGUUGGACGGGGAGUCUCUUGCAACUCUAGCCACGUCAAGGGCAAGCCGAUUGAGGCACGGAAGUCUGGCGACCAGUACAUCUCAACCUUUUCACGAUCUCGGCGAGGGCUUUGCGACGCCUCGUGGCCUUGGAGAACUUGGGCGUUGGGCCGCAGACCAGUGCGGCCUACCACCUCAUGCUAUUGAAAGCAUACUCCCUUGUACCGCGUUUCAAGAAAGCCUCCUUCCGUCUUUCAACCGCGAGCCUUGUGCCUAUGUCACUCAGUACGUGUUCAAGCUACCGCCAAACCUGGACUUGGAUCGGUUCAAAUCCUGCUGGGCCCAUGCCUACAAUCAGCUUGGUGUUCUGCGGACAAGAAUUCUACUCCCGCCAAACAGGGGCCCAAUUCAAGUAAUUGUGGAUAAACAGAUUACGUGGGACUUGCAUGAUGAGUUAAGCCAGUCGUCGUGCCACAUUUCAAGAGCAAAGCUCGGCCUGGGAGGCGAACUCAGCAAUUUUGCAUUAUACACAACAGGCACCGGCCGCUGUUUUGUACUGACCCUUCACCAUGUGUUAUUUGACGAGUGGUCCCUCCAACUGCUUCUCGACCAUGUUGCCCAACUUUACGACGGAAAACAGCAGGCCAUCAACCCAGGGGUCUCUUUUGACUCGUAUGUCCAUUUCUCUAUCCGGGCAUCGAGAAACCCAGCUUCCAAGGCGUUUUGGCAAAAACACCUUGAUGGAUUUUCAUCGCCGUCGUUUCCAACAAUUCCUCGUCCAGAUUACCAACCGGAGCUGAGAGACUCGUUGACAAUCACCGAACAUUGUUCUGCGUCUGCCCUUCUCAUUGAAGGCUCUCUGGCCCUUGCGCUCGGGACCUUGACCGGACAGAGGGAUGUCUGUUUCGGCACCGUCAUGAGUGGUCGUGAUGCGGGCAUGCCAGGAAUUGAUGAAGUGCUCGGCCCUACGGUAUCAACGCUGCCCUUCCGGAUCGCGUGGGACUGUCAUCAGAGUAUAUCUGAAUUCGUGGCCGCGCUACGGACGAGACGAGAUCUGGUAAGACCGCAUGAACAGCUGGGCAUCCACAAUAUCGCCAAGGUCUGUCCUGGAGCAGCAAACGCAUGCGACUUCCAGACAAUGCUUGUCAUACAGGCUCCUUCGCCAAGAGACAAGAGUUAUGCGCUCUUCCAAGACCGUGAAGAAACCGAAAACAGAGACUCGCACUCACUCGUGCUGGAGUGCACCAUGACGCCAUCAUCGCUGGUUAUAGAUGCCAGGUUCGAUCCCUCGGUUGUAUCUGCAGUCCGCUGCAGGCGACUGCUGCAUUCCUGGACGCACAUGCUGCGGCAGAUGCUGGAGGCAGAAUCCGAUGCUCGUCUCGCGUCUUUAUCUUGGAUUAGCGGCGAGGACUUGGCAACCCUUGGCCGGUGGAACGAAUCCCUCCCUCCCCCAGUCCGUGGGCUCAUACAUGAUAUACUGCCGCACGCGGCGCAGAAACACCCACGAAAAACGGCCGUAGAGUCGUGGGACGGCUCACUCACCUACUCGGAGCUGGACGACGUCUCCUCCAGGUUGGCUGCUGAAUUGGUGGCCUGGAACCCGACCAAGAUCAUUGCUCUCCACUUUCCCAAGGGCAUCUCCAUGGUCGUUUCCAUGUGGGCAGUCUUAAAGGCAGGCCGUGCUUUUCUUCCGCUUGAUAUAGAGUCACCAGGGGACCGGGUUACAAGCAUCAUUACACAGUUAGAGAGUCCACUGGUGCUGAGCCAUGACUCGACUGCCUUGAAGCGUUUACUUCCUGUCGACUGCUGGACUGUAAACAAGGCCUUCCUGUCCGCACUGCCUGUCUUGCCGGAGAAAUGGUCACCCCCCGAGAUGUCUGGUCACGAUCUUGCCUAUGUGAUCAUGACGUCUGGUUCCACCGGCCGACCAAAAGGUGUCAUGAUUGAACAUCAAAGUGUCAUGACCCAUCUCACGAGCUCCGCGGCUCGAUACUCAAUCGAUGGCUCUACGAGAAUUCUGCAAUUCGCCUCUGUUGCUUUCGACAUGUGCGUCUACGAAGUGACCGUGUCAGCGUUACACGGCGCCUGUCUGUGUGUGCCCCCUCAAGGAGUUGACGCCGACACUUGGGGCGACUUUGUCCGGCACAAGAACGUCAACUGGUCCUUCUUCACGCCAUCCUUCUUGCGCUCCAUCAAGCCGGCGAAUUUCCCGAGCUUCAAAACUAUUAUCGUGGGAGGCGAGGCUGUGACUCUGGACGCAGUGGAGAGCUGGGCUCCGCGUGUCAACUUGUUAAACGUGUACGGUCCAACCGAGUGCACGAUAACUUGCAUGAACGGGCGCAUCAGGAGCGACUGCAGCAACAGUUCAUCGAUUGGCAAGGCCAUGGGCUCUGCGUCGUGGAUUGUCGACCCCGAGGACCACAAUCGUUUGAUGCCGCUGGGCGCCGUGGGAGAGUUGCUCAUUGAAGGGUUUGUUGUCGGCCGCGGUUACAUGAACGACGCCGACAAGACGGCGGCCGCUUUUAUCUUGCCGCCUUCGUGGGCCAGCCCUGGACAGUUUGGCCGAGACUUUGCUCGCAUGUAUAAGACGGGAGAUCUGGCUUGCUACGACGACACGGGCAGCCUCGUCUUCGUUGGGCGCAAGGACAAUCAGAUCAAGCUCCGCGGCCAGAGGCUAGAACUCGCCGAGGUCGAGCACCACGUUGAGAAAGCGGCCAAAGGGCGUCAAAGCCUAUGUUUUGUACCUCACGGGGGACCAAUGGCCCGGCGGUUGAUUGCGGUGAUCAGUGCUGGCCGUCGGAACGAACUUGGGAGUCAGUCGAGCCCUAGCAUAGUUGCCAUGAGGCCGGACCGAGCAAUUCGCGCUGACAUCCAAUCCAUCCGCAAUCGAGUGUCCAAGGCCGUCCCAGGGUACAUGGUUCCGUCUUUCGUUGCGGUCAUUCGCGAGAUACCCAUUGCAUUGACUGGUAAGGCAGACCGCAAGGCAGUGGGCUCGUGGAUCCAAAAUCUUUCCGACACUGAAGCACUGUUCUUUUCGACCGGAGAAGAUGUAGCGAGCGACUUGAUGAAGGAGGAACCUACAAACAACAUUGAGUCGGCGCUGCAGAGCGUUUGGGCCGAGGUGCUCAAUAUCAGCGCGGAUAAGAUUGGCAUGCAUCAGUCGUUCCAGUCGGUUGGAGGCGAUUCAAUCACCGCCAUGCAGGCAGUCGCCAGAUGCCGUAAUAGAGGGAUUUGUAUAACCAUGAAAAGUCUUCUCCAAGCCAGUGGCAUCCGUACCAUUGGCGCGGAAGCUUUGGACGGCCCUGUCGACCCUCGGACAUCUAGUUCCCUCGUUGAGGGACACGAACAACGCUUUCCUCUGUCGCCACUACAGAAGGCUUACGUUGCCCUGGCGCCGCAGAAUCAAGUUCACCACUUCAACCAGACCUGCCAGGUGAUGCUACGACAUGCUGUGGACGAAAAGUCACUCCAAGCAGCCAUGAGGCUCGUGGUGAAGCAACACGCAUCAUUGCGGACGAGAUACAACCUAUCCACUCCCGAGGCUUCAACUCAACGGAUUGCUGAUGCAAUUGACGGCUCAUUCUCAACGUCAUCAACCUGUAUGUCGGAUAUCGAGAGCCUCAACCGCCUUGUAUUAGCUAUACAGAGCAUAAUAAACCCAGUCUCGGGUCCAAUUAUUCAUUGCGAACUAGUUUCUGGUCCAGAAGACGCAUGUCGUCUCAUUCUCGUGGCAACUCAUCUAGCAGUUGAUAUCGUCUCGUGGAGACUCAUUUUGGAAGAUCUGGAGGCCAUACUGGAGGGGAAGUCGCUGAGACCAGUUCCUCCAGGGCUGUUUCGCCAGUGGUGUAAGCGUAGACGUGUACAAGAGCAGACGAAGCUUUCUCUGCCGGUUCCAAAUUAUAAUUACUGGGCGAUUGAUCCCAGUCAUCUCACCUACAUGCAAGCCAGGCGGGAGUCUGUCUCACUGAGCACAGGAGCCACUUCACUCUGUCUGGGCAGUAGCAAUAAUUGUUUACGUACCAAGCCCACAGACCUGUUCAUUGCGGCAUUGUUGCUGGCGUUCUGCGAAGCUUUCCCUGAUAGAGACUCGCCCGCCGUCUGCCUGGAGGGACAUGGCCGCCGGCAGGCCCCAGGAGACCCGGAUAUCUCGGGCACCGUCGGAUGGUUCACAGCCGUGACGCCAGUCUAUGCACCUUACAAGACAGGGCAGGAAGCGACGGACUUUGCUCGAAAGAUCAAGGACGCUCGAUUCUGGGCGGAGAGGAAUCACGCCGAUUUCUUCGGCGACCAGCAGAUACUCGAUGGCCAUUAUCCGCGAAUCCCCGAGAUCAUGUUGAACUUCACCGGUGUCGACCAAGAGGGCGACUUUGUGUCCGGCGGAAUGUUCACCGCGGACCCGGACUCUUGUGGUGAUGACUAUGACUUUAGCGGAAAUAUGCGUCGCUUUGCUAUCUUCGACGUAGCCGCAAGUGUGCGACGAGGCCGUCUUCGCUUUGAAUUUCUGCACAACCAAGGGAUGUCAAAGUCGGCCCGCGUGAAAACCUGGAUCUCGGCGUUUUUGGAAACCAUCGAGGGACUCGCUGCCAAGCUGGCUGUUACAUCGCCCCUGUUAACACAAUCAGACUACCCAAAUGCUUCACUCACGUACGCUCAGCUACAAUGCCUCGAGCUUCAUCUCGGCAGCCACAACAUAGCUACAGUCGCCUGCAACGGAGACACCAGGCCAAGGGCUACUUCUGUUUUUGCAGCAACGCCAAUACAGGAGCAGAUAUUACAUUCACAACAAGUGAAUCCCUACUGUUGGCGGCCGACAGUAAUCCUCGCCGUUACCACAAGAGACGGAUCGCCAGUCAAUAUGCAGGACUUGCUGGCGGCAUGGCGACAAGUCAUAACAGCCAAUCCUAUUCUGAGAACGAUCUUUGUACCAAAGCCAUGCCCACAGCAAAAAUUUGCCGCCGAGGAGUUUCUCAACGUCGUGUUGGACGAGGCCUGCACCAUGAGCAGCACCGUCAAAGUUCUCAGUGGCACUGAAAACUUACUCGUGUUACCGCCGACUAAGUGGCGGCCCGGAGAGCCACAACAUAGGCUUACGAUUCUGCCUCGAGUCGCGCGUCAUGCGGUCCUCUGCCGCUGGGAAGUCAACCACGCGCUGAUGGACCACGGUUCCAUGCCCUCGGUCCUGGCAGCGUUCUCGCGGGCUUACGCAGGCGAGCCCUCUGUCAACGGAGCUACAUGUGCCUACCAAAGUUAUGCCACGCAGCUCGAUCGCCUGGCCAGCGCGGCGGGAGUUGAAUUCUGGCAGACAUACCUGCAAAGAGCGUUGCCCAGUCGGCUUACGGGCCAAGCGCCACCGAACCGCUCGGUCUAUGCGGCCAGAUCGACGUUUGCCACUCCAGUUGAUCUAACGCUGGCUAACCGGGCCACGGCUCGGGCUUUGGAGACGGCGAACACGACCACGGCUACUGUCUUCCGUCUGGCAUGGGCGCGUGUUGUCGCAACCGAAGUAGACCGUGACGACGUCGUUCUCGGCUUCGUCGUCUCCGGUCGAGAUGCGCAAAUCGACGACAUCGACCGGGUGGUCGGUCCUACAUUCAACAUUAUGCCGUGCCGAGUGACAAAUAUUCAUCGUCGCUCCACCAAAGAGUUGCUGCAGUGCCUGCGCGACGAUUUCUUAGCUGCCACCGGCCACCAACAUAGUCUUGCACGCUACCUGAAAAAGGCAAAACAGCGUGGCGGUCCUUUAUUUGACUCCGUAGUGAAUUUCAGAAGGCAUGUUCAAGCCUCGCCAGACGAUCCGGGGGCACUGGUUAUUGAGGAACAGCCUGGUAGUCAAGACCCAUACGAAUUACAAUGGAGUUGA